GACGAGGAGCAGCAGAACAUGGCGCCGGGGCCGCCGUCGCCUCUGCUGGGAUCCUGGAGGCCGGAGCCGCGCUGAGGGCGCCCAGCUGGAAGAAAUGUUUACUAUCUGGCGAUGAGAAGUGGUGAAAACUGACCUCGUGCUGGUGUACAAACACUAUGGGACCUGACACUUUCACCUCGUGGGCAGCCGGCCCCCACUGAUAAUGUGGGGAAACCAUCAGGUCCACUGGAAAACACUAAUCUGAUCUUGGAAGUGGCCGAUUGUGGCAGGAUGUGUCGACGAUGAUGAUGGCAAGAAAGCAAGAUGUCCGCAUUCCCACCUACAACAUCAGUGUGGUGGGAUUGUCUGGGACCGAGAAGGAGAAGGGCCAGUGCGGCAUUGGGAAGUCUUGCCUGUGCAACCGCUUCGUGCGCCCGAGUGCUGAUGAGUUUCACUUGGACCAUACCUCUGUCCUCAGCACCAGUGACUUUGGCGGGCGAGUGGUCAAUAAUGACCACUUUCUCUACUGGGGAGAAGUUAGCCGUUCCCUGGAGGAUUGUGUGGAAUGUAAGAUGCACAUUGUGGAGCAGACUGAGUUCAUCGAUGAUCAGACUUUUCAACCUCAUCGAAGCACGGCCCUGCAGCCCUAUAUCAAGAGAGCUGCUGCAACCAAGCUCGCAUCAGCUGAAAAACUCAUGUACUUUUGCACUGACCAGCUGGGGCUGGAGCAGGACUUUGAGCAGAAACAAAUGCCAGAUGGAAAGCUGCUGAUUGAUGGUUUUCUUCUUGGUAUUGACGUUAGCAGGGGCAUGAAUAGGAACUUUGAUGACCAGCUCAAGUUUGUGUCCAAUCUCUACAAUCAGCUUGCAAAAACAAAAAAGCCCAUAGUGGUGGUCCUGACUAAGUGUGAUGAGGGCGUUGAGCGGUACAUUAGAGAUGCACAUACUUUUGCCUUAAGCAAAAAGAACCUCCAGGUUGUGGAGACCUCAGCAAGAUCCAACGUAAACGUGGACUUGGCUUUCAGCACCUUAGUGCAACUCAUUGAUAAAAGUCGGGGAAAGACGAAAAUCAUUCCUUAUUUUGAAGCUCUCAAGCAGCAGAGUCAGCAGAUAGCUACAGCAAAAGACAAGUAUGAGUGGCUGGUGAGUCGCAUUGUCAAAAACCACAACGAGAAUUGGCCGAGUGUCAGCCGAAAGAUGCAGGCCUCUCCUGAGUACCAGGACUAUGUCUACCUGGAAGGUACUCAGAAAGCCAAGAAGCUGUUUCUCCAGCACAUCCACCGCCUCAAGCACGAGCACAUUGAGCGCAGGAGAAAGCUGUACCUCGCAGCCCUGCCGUUAGCCUUUGAAGCUCUUAUACCCAAUUUAGAUGAAAUAGACCACCUAAGCUGCAUAAAAACCAAAAAGCUCUUGGAGACCAAGCCAGAAUUCCUGAAGUGGUUUGUUGUGCUCGAAGAGACACCGUGGGAUGCCACCAGCCACAUUGACAACAUGGAGAAUGAGCGGAUUCCCUUUGACUUGAUGGAUACCGUCCCUGCCGAGCAGCUGUACGAGGCCCACUUAGAGAAGCUGCGGAACGAGAGGAAAAGAGCUGAGAUGAGAAGGGCAUUUAAAGAAAACCUGGAGACCUCUCCCUUCAUAACUCCCGGAAAGCCUUGGGAAGAGGCCCGUAGUUUUAUUAUGAACGAAGAUUUCUACCAGUGGCUGGAAGAAUCCGUAUACAUGGAUAUUUAUGGCAAACACCAAAAGCAAAUUAUAGACAGAGCAAAGGAAGAGUUUCAGGAGCUGCUUUUGGAAUACUCAGAGUUGUUUUAUGAGCUGGAGCUGGAUGCUAAGCCCAGCAAGGAGAAGAUGGGUGUCAUUCAGGAUGUUCUGGGGGAGGAACAGCGAUUUAAAGCAUUACAGAAGCUCCAAGCGGAGCGUGAUGCCCUUAUCCUGAAGCACAUUCAUUUUGUGUAUCACCCAACCAAGGAAACGUGCCCUAGCUGCCCAGCUUGUGUGGAUGCUAAGAUCGAGCACUUGAUUAGUUCUCGGUUUAUCCGACCAUCUGACCGGAAUCAGAAAAAUUCACUGUCUGACCCCAACAUUGAUAGGAUCAACUUGGUUAUCUUAGGCAAAGAUGGCCUCGCACGUGAGUUGGCCAAUGAGAUUCGAGCUCUCUGUACAAAUGAUGAUAAGUAUGUGAUAGAUGGUAAAAUGUAUGAGCUUUCCCUGAGGCCGAUAGAAGGGAAUGUCAGGCUUCCUGUGAACUCUUUCCAAACGCCAACAUUUCAGCCCCACGGCUGCCUCUGCCUUUACAAUUCAAAGGAAUCUCUAUCCUAUGUGGUGGAGAGUAUAGAGAAGAGUAGAGAGUCCACACUUGGCAGGCGAGAUAACCAUUUAGCCCAUCUUCCCCUGACGUUGAUCUUAGUUAACAAGAGGGGAGACACCAGUGGAGAGACCCUGCAUAGCCUAAUACAACAAGGUCAGCAGAUUGCUAGCAAACUUCAGUGUGUCUUUCUCGACCCUGCUUCUGCUGGCAUCGGUUAUGGACGCAACAUUAAUGAAAAGCAAAUCAGUCAAGUUUUGAAGGGACUCCUGGACUCCAAGCGUAACUUAAACCUGGUCAGUUCUACUGCUAGCAUCAAAGAUCUGGCUGACGUUGACCUGCGAAUUGUCAUGUGUCUGAUGUGUGGAGAUCCUUUCAGUGCAGAUGACAUACUCUAUCCUGUCCUUCAGUCCCAGACCUGUAAGUCUUCCCAUUGUGGAAGCAACAACUCUGUUUUACUUGAACUACCGAUCGGACUCCACAAGAAGCGCAUUGAGCUGUCUAUUCUUUCGUACCAUUCCUCAUUUAGCAUCAGAAAAAGCCGGUUGGUCCAUGGGUACAUUGUUUUUUAUUCAGCCAAACGUAAGGCCUCCUUGGCUAUGUUACGUGCCUUUCUUUGUGAAGUGCAGGAUAUUAUCCCCAUUCAGUUGGUCGCACUCACUGACGGCGCUGUAGAUGUCCUGGACAAUGACUUAAGUCGGGAACAGCUGACCGAAGGGGAGGAGAUUGCUCAAGAGAUUGACGGGAGGUUCACAAGCAUCCCUUGUAGCCAACCCCAGCACAAACUUGAGAUCUUCCACCCAUUUUUUAAGGAUGUGGUGGAUAAAAAGAACAUAAUCGAGGCUACUCAUAUGUACGAUAACGCUGCUGAGGCCUGUAGCACCACGGAAGAGGUGUUUAACUCCCCCCGAGCGGGCUCUCCACUCUGCAACUCCAACCUGCAGGAUUCAGAAGAGGAUAUCGAGCCCCCUUCUUAUAGCUUGUUUCGAGAAGACACGUCACUGCCUUCUCUGUCCAAAGACCAUUCUAAGCUCUCUAUGGAACUGGAGGGAAAUGAUGGGCUGUCGUUCAUCAUGAGCAAUUUUGAGAGUAAACUGAACAACAAAGUACCUCCACCAGUCAAACCAAAGCCUCCUGUCCAUUUUGAAAUCACAAAGGGGGAUCUGUCUUAUUUAGACCAAGGCCAUAGAGAUGGGCAGAGGAAGUCUGUGUCUUCUAGCACCUGGCUACCUCCGGAUGGGUUUGAUCCUUCUGAUUAUGCUGAACCCAUGGAUGCUGUGGUCAAGCCAAGGAACGAAGAAGAAAACAUAUAUUCAGUGCCCCAUGACAGCACCCAAGGCAAAAUCAUCACCAUUCGGAAUAUCAACAAAGCCCAGUCCAACGGCAGUGGCAACGGUUCCGACAGUGAAAUGGACACCAGCUCUCUAGAACGAGGCCGCAAGGUGUCCAUCGUGAGCAAGCCCGUGCUGUACAGGACGAGAUGCAGCCGGCUAGGAAGGUUUGCGAGUUAUCGAACCAGCUUCAGUGUGGGGAGCGAUGAUGAGCUAGGGCCCAUUCGGAAAAAAGAGGAGGAUCAGGCAUCUCAAGGUUAUAAAGGGGACAAUGCCGUCAUUCCAUAUGAAACAGACGAAGACCCAAGGAGGAGGAAUAUUCUUCGCAGUCUACGGAGGAACACUAAGAAACCAAAGCCCAAACCCCGGCCGUCCAUCACAAAGGCAACCUGGGAGAGUAACUAUUUUGGGGUGCCCUUGACAACUGUCGUGACUCCAGAGAAGCCCAUCCCUGUGUUUAUUGAGAGAUGUAUUGAGUACAUUGAAGCCACAGGACUGAGCACAGAAGGGAUCUACCGGGUCAGUGGGAAUAAGUCGGAGAUGGAGAGUCUGCAGAGACAGUUUGAUCAAGACCACAACCUGGAUUUGGCAGAGAAAGACUUUACAGUGAAUACCGUGGCUGGUGCCAUGAAGAGCUUUUUCUCAGAGCUGCCAGACCCCCUGGUCCCGUACAACAUGCAGAUUGAUCUGGUGGAGGCACACAAAAUCAAUGACCGGGAGCAGAAGUUGCAUGCCCUUAAGGAAGUACUCAAGAAAUUUCCAAAGGAAAACCACGAAGUCUUCAAAUACGUCAUCUCUCACCUGAACAAAGUCAGCCACAACAACAAGGUGAAUCUCAUGACCAGUGAGAACCUCUCCAUCUGCUUCUGGCCCACCUUGAUGAGACCCGACUUCAGCACCAUGGACGCCCUCACGGCCACGCGGACCUACCAGACAAUCAUCGAGCUCUUCAUCCAGCAGUGCCCCUUCUUCUUCCACAAUCGGCCCAUCAGUGAGCCUCCCGGUGCCACGCCCAGCUCCCCCUCCGCCGUGGCUUCCACCGUCCCCUUCCUCACCUCCACACCUGUCACGAGUCAGCCGUCACCCCCCCAGUCGCCUCCACCCACGCCCCAGUCUCCCAUGCAGGCCCUGCUCCCCUCCCAGCUGCAAGCCGAACACACGCUGUGAGCCACCGAGGCCUGGGGCCAAAGGUGACCUUCUCUCUUCCGCGGGGUGGCAUGUGGCCUUGAACAAAACCAGGUCCACUGGGGUAGGAGUGGGGAGAGUGUCCCCUCUCCCCUGUUACCUUCUCAAGACCUCAGCGGUAGCACCAGCCCCAGUCCACACCUUGUGCUGGGCCAUCAGGCUCCCCGAGCCCAGCGCUGCAGACCCCGGAGCUGGCCGUAGGCAGCAGCCAGAGGGCGCCCUGCUCUCUGACUUGGACCUUCUUGAGGACUGAACUGGCCAGGCAGUGGCCCCCGUGACCCUCUACACGCUCACUGCUCCCCAGACCACUUACCCCGCCUGCCCGUGCACAGCGGCCUCAGGGCAUCGUUCACCGCUUGGACAGAGCCCCGGCCUCUGCCAGUGGAAGCAGGUUCCGAGAUUUGGGCUGCCCCGGGGCGGGGUCAUCGGUCCCUGCAGAAAACAAUUCCCGUCCGUUUUGUCCACCUCUUUCCACCUUCCGCGUCUGCACUUCCACCCCCGUCAGGGUGGCACCUGUCCGGUGGCCUCCUCGGGAAUGCGCGGGCCACGGCUCUGUCAACCCAAGGUACCGUGCUGAGGGUGUCGCCCCUGCAGGUCAGAACCGGGGGAGGGCGGCUGUGUGCCCGGACCAAGAGCGUGGGACUCCCCUCCACUUGCGCACGCCCCCUCCCUCUUCACAGGAUCUGGCCUCCGUUCCCUUUAAAACAAGGGAACGCUGGAAGAAAAACAGAAAACCCCUCCGAUAACUCACAAGAGAAAAAGGAAGAAAAUCCAGACCUCAAGACUGAGCUCUCCUCCCACCUCUCGCAGAGGCAAACGGGGGGCGGGUGGCCCUUGCCUUGGUAAAAGCGAAACAGGGAUGCCCAGGGGUGGCUGCCAGGAAAGCUGUUGGGGUCCCACUGAUACCCUGUCAGCAGAUCCCCUUUUCCCAAGAAGACAGUUUAAGCCCUUGGUGGGAGAGCUUGGGAGACCAGCCUGGACCCUGGUCUGCUUUGAAACACACUACAGUGCUGUGGAAACACUAUUCUGUGCGGGUGUGUGUGUGUGUGUGUGUGUGUGUGUGUGUGUGUGUGUGUCCCUGUUAAGGGCGCAGCUGGGGGCGCUGGGGGCACCUGGGGCUUGGUUUAGUCCUCCUCAUCCCAGGCCACCGACCACCACCAACCCAGUGCUUAGGGCACUUCAUGGGAAGUGGGUGACAUACGGGGAAGUGUGGUCCGGGUUCCUGCACAGGGACUGAGGGCCUGGGGUAGCAGAAGUCACAGAAGCAGUCGGAGUCAUGAGGAGGGUGCCGGGCCUGCCCGGCUCUUCCUGGGAAAUGGCCUUCUCCUCAGCCUCCAUGCCCUUCCCGCCUUCCCACUGGGAACCCUUCGAGUGCCCACCCGUCUCUCCAGUGCAGCGGCCGUGCUGAGGCUGCUACAGAUACUGGCUGCCCUCCACUCCUCGUGGCUGGGCCGUGGCCUCUGCAGCAGGGGAGCCUGGCACAAAGGUGCCCUGGGCCCAGGUCAUGGGAUUCGGGGCCCUGCGUGCCACACAGCCUCCGGGCCUCUUUGCACUUUAAGAAGCAUCACUUGUGGUGGGUUCCCCGAUGCCCUGGGUCCCCUCAGCCGGUGGCCUGACAAAAAGCUGCCUCGGUCUGGCCCCAAAAACUUCCUGUUGGCCAUGGGGGGGGGGGGGGGGGGCCUGCGCUCGCCGACUGCUCCCUCUGGAUAAGCUGGAUACCUUACUGUUCAGAGUUCUCGUACGGCAACAUAAGGUGCUUGGAAAAUACUACCCCGCAAGUUUUACCACCUCUUUUUAACACUAGUCAAAAAGAAACCCAAGGUACACGAAUGUUUUACAUAAAUGCUGGGUGAGGGCUCUCUUUCCUGGCCGAUCUGCACCUGAGGCUUUAGGCCCGGGUUGGCUUGUGGGUGACUGUGGUGGCAGACCCGUGGCUCUGGCUUUCCAGCUCCCUCCGCUCUAAGUCCCGGGCAGCGAGGAAAUGACUCCACAGAAUUAAUCUCGGCCUUUUUCUAGAUCGUGCCCACCUGUCCGCACCCCCCCCCACCCCAAGGCAGCCCUUCAAGGUAUUGGGUGUGCGUGGCCUGGGACCACCUUCCCUCCUGUGGACAGGGACAAAAGUAGCCUGAUCCCCACCCACUGCCUGUUUCCUCGGCCGCCCACUUUGUGCUGGUGCACCAGGCCAGGUGCCCCACGCCACCACCUGCCACCUCGGCUGUGCACGGGGGACUCCACAAGCCCCCAAGUUCCCCUCAUUCUUGAGACUAACGGAUGUGUAGAUGGUGACUUUUCUGGGGGGCGGGGGGCGUGCUGGGAGGAGGAAUACUUUGUGCUCUUGACCUCCCCCUUCCCCAGAGUAGCAGGAGCCGGCCUUCCCCAGGGCAGCCUCUGGGCCAACGGUGCCCCCUGGCAGCCAGCUCAGGGAGCCCCUUCGUGUGCCUGCCCUGUGCCCUGCCGGGGCUUUAAAGGGUGUGGGGGGCGGAGCUGGUGGCCCCCGUGCCCCACAAGAGCCACAGUGCACAGGAAGUGCCAGGGACCGAGCUUCCAGUUUUCUGCUGCUCCAGACUCCAGACUCCAGACUCGGACUAGGGGGUGUUAGUCUUGUCACUCUGGGUUGGCGUUGCCACUAGUGGUAGUUCUGGGCCCUGGGCUUCCCCCUCUGGUCGGGAGUGAGCGCCCAUACCAAAUGGGCACUUGGGUAAGACCCAGAAGGGCAAGUCUGGGCCCAUGUCAGGCCGUGCUGCUUUAGAUGGGUCGCUCCCCACCCCUCCGGUGCAUGCGGCGCGGUCAGCUCUGAAGUGUUUUCACAAACGAUUCUCGUGUGAGGUGCGCCACGGCUCUGGAACCAAGGGCAGGACGGGCAUUAAUGAGCCUUGGCCGAAAUGGGUGAGCAGGUCAGCAGAGGUAUGGGACUUGCUUCCCGCCCGACAGCUAAAUAGCAGUUUGCCUGGGAGCGCUCUGCCUGGCCCGCGUCUGACCUCCACAAGAAUGUGGUGGUGAUAUUCAGUGGAAAUGAACAGCCCUUGGUUGUGAGCAGAAGGCUCCUUCUAGAAGGCUCUGACAACUGAGGAAGGGGUCGCGGCGUGGCUUGCGAAUUCGCCCCGAAUUCUUGGCUGUGUUGUGUUGGGGAUCACACACGGCACAUUUAUUCCUGCUCUCUGUUGAGUCGUUCUUCCCGUCACUUGACGUGCUGGAGUGCUGAGAGAUACUCCGUACGGUUUCCUGUGUCUACACCUACUGCCACCCUGCUCUUCCUGCUGCCGGGUGUGAUCCUUCCCGCCGAGCGUGUUGGUCUUUGCCAGGUGGGCAGAGGGGGCCGUCCUGGGAGCAGCGCGCCUCCGCCCCAGGCCCCUGGUCUCGGGACGGAGGCCUGGAGGGCGUUCCAGCCUCGGCCCCGAAACUUGAAAACCACACCGGGUAGAAGCCCUCUCCCUCUGUGCCCCCUCCCUCUCCUGCGAGGACAGCCACAACUGCCUUGGGGUUCCCGAGAAAGGAGUGGACGCUGGCUCGCUGCCGCCCACCGAGGGCUCUGCCCACCGUUGCUUCUCCAAGAGAAGGAAGCCCCAGGGACCUGGGCGGCUUUCUGGGGGCCGGGCUCCACAUUCCUGUGCGGUGGGCAUGGUGCGCCCUGGGGGCCAGGACAGCGGGCGCUGCACUCGCUCCCAGGCCCUGCCGACUCGGCGGACGGUGGACGAGGAGCCGCCCUCCUGUUGCUUGGCAGGUUCAAGCCACUCGUUUGCGCUUAGGUGAAAGGACCCACCGAGUCGAGUCCGGGACCGCUGGCCCCGGAGAGGGGGCGGCAUGGGGAGAGGGCCGCCGGCCCCCGAGUCGGGAGCCGGGAGCCACGUCCGCCCGCCACCCUGGGCCGGCGCCCGCGGCAGUGAUGUUCCACUUUCAUGUAGUCAAGACAGGGCGUAAGUUAUUGUUUGCAUAAAAAAGAAUCCUGUUCCCUGUGUACAUUUAAAAAAAAAAAAAAAAGGCAAUGUCUCUGAAUUGUAUGGGAAUAAAACUUGUUUGAAAAUUUGGAAUAGUGCUGCUGCCAGCUUAUUUUUCUGGUACUUGUAUUUUCACAUGUUAAAUGAUCUUUAUAUAUGUUGAAUUAACAAAUAUUUUGAGUUUCCUGAGGGAAAAAAAGCAUAUUAAUGGUAUUGAAAUGUGUUAGUAGUCUGGCCGUGUGCCCAAAUUUCUGUUUUGCAGCAAAAGUGGAGAACUGUAUGUAAAGAAAGUAUAACAAUUAUUUCUUUGUAUUUUAGGGGCUUUAACCAGGACAUCAUCCUCUAGUUGGUGUUAGGAAUGUUUGCUUAAUUUCCAGACCCCCUUUUUUUUUUUAAAACACGUUGUGGGUUUUUGAGGCUCCAACCCGAUUAGUGCAUGGUCAGCCGUCAAUCGAGGCUGAAGCAUCUCUGACUGAGGUGGUUUUGUUUGGUUUUGUUUUUUAAAAUCAUGUAUUUGCUACAAAGUAAUGUAUUCGUCUCAAUGGGAAUGGUGUAAAAACUGAAAAGGCCUUAUGUGAUAUGUAUCAUAGUUAAUAAAUCAAUCUUGUAAAAAACCAAA